AGGAGCUCUUAGCGAGCUUGCCCGAUCCCGCGGCACGUAGUAGAGUGCCUGGUCAAAAGAAUUGUGAGGUGCGGUGAAGUGAGAGUGCGGUAGCUGAGUGCACGCUGAGGACUGCUGUGUGUAGUCAGCGAAGGUGUAGUGCGUGGUAAAAGGAUUUACUAUGGAGUGUCUUUGCCGGAUAUAGGGUAAGUGGCCGCGUGGAAAGAUAGGGAAUAAACCUUUUGCGACUAUUACUAGGUCUGCUAAACAAGCGGCUGUUUGUUCUAGCUGUUCCGCGCACCCCGCUUACUCUGCCGACUCUGUCCAUACAUAGAGAGUGGAUGGACGAAGUCCGCUUGAAAAAUGACCGAGCCUGUGCUUCUACGAUCCACAUGCUCAUCUUUGGCCCGUCUAUGGCUGUUUUUUUACAUGAAAGGACAUUAAAAUUGUCUGUUUAGAGACUGAGUGCUUCGUCUUUACGACAAAUCAUUCGUGGCAGCAACCUACGGUGCACGCGGUACAAACAAAGCACGUCGCCUGCGGCGCGAGAUCCAGCUACGUGGUGUGUGCGUGAGCUGGAUGCGUGCAGUGAUAGUGAAGUGCGCUUCUGUGUGAUUGAAGGUCGAAACAGGUUAGCCAAAAUGUUUCUUCGAACCUGUAUGGGAUGGCCGAAAUCUUACUGUAAAAUAAUAAAAGCACGCAAAAAAAGCAGAUGCUAUUAUUUCAAGGCCCUGCAGGUUUCCGGCUGACAGAAUUUUUAGGAGCCUCUAUGAAUCUCUGAACGGGGUCACGGUAUCAUUGACCGUCGACCCGCCCCUUACUAUAGUGAGAGGCCGUAUCUGUGAAAAUGAUCGAAACAUCAUGGUGUACUCGCAUAACCAUUAAUAAGUUACUGAAUUGACACUUACUAUCGUCUAGAAGUCCUAGAAAAAAUGAUCAGGUCAAAAUGUGUGCCAUUACUUUUACCACCGCCUGGCUAUAAAUUGCUGGUGGUCCUAUCGUUGGGCAUCGUCCGUGGAGUGCUGGUUUGAGACUCGGGCUAAAAAAAUGCACUAACAGCCAUCCUCAGAAUUUGAUAUUUUCGGUAGCGUCUAUUAUUACUUACUUUCAUAUACGAUAACGUUUAUUUUAUUAUAUUUAAAUGCGUCGCAUACUACUAGUCUGACACUGAAGGCCAUGGCCUUCAAAACUGAAGCUAUAAUCGGUGCUGUUCGCAAAUAAUUGUUUAGCUUUACUUGGAAUACGAGCCUGUCCGGAUACGAAUCUAAUAAUUUCUUUAUUUAAUACUGAUAGCCACAUUGAUGGUAAGAUUGAAAAUGACAGUGAGAAUAAGGCUUGCUGCGGUUGGCCUAUUGGAAUGACUGCCUUCCUCUCAUUAUUCAGGAGGAUGAGCGGGCUGUCUGCCUGCCUUAGUUACUUGGCUGUGAUCAGUUGUGUGCUUGCCUCGUGCUAGUGGGUUUCAGCUCGUAGUGUCGGUUUGUUUGUUCUUUCCAUUUGUCUGUCGCUGUCUCUAUUUCCUUUAUGUGCAUAGUUCAUGUGCUUUUUGGACCGGGAGCUGUGGUGCACAGUUUCUCUUCGAGCGUACGCUAAACAGCUGAGAUCAAGUCCGCUUGAGAUCUGGUCGCGCUGACCAAACUUGCUCUCUCAUUGACCCGCCUAGCAGCUCUUUUUUCCUCUCAUUCUUAGAAGCUAACUGCUCGUGUAUCUCCUUUCUACUAGCUGCUACUGCAGCAGGUAAGACUAUCUUUACGGCGAUCGCCGCUGUCCUCACUGAUCUGACUUCUGCCGCUGCUGCAGCCGCUGCCACCACGGCGCGAUGUCUGUCUGGUCACGUAGGCCAAAGCAGGAGGGCCAGCACUGCGACCAUCAGAUCUCCUUGACGCGACAGGCGUCGGGUGCCGGGCGCGCGCGCGUUUACUGGCCCGUUCGGUUAGCUGUUAGUAGGUCGGCAGUCUGAUUCGGUUAAGACUGCUGUAGCCGCUGUUGAAUUUAGUUUCUGGUCAAUUUUCGAUGGCUCAAAAUUGGAUAGAGCGAACGGACCAUGCGAGUGAAUAAAAGCAUACACGGCUAGCUCAGGCAGAACUUGGUUGUUGACGAAUGGACGCAAGGACACACAGGCAGAUAGACCAGUAAGAAAUGGGCGACGACUUACAACGACAAUGACGGCGUGAGCAAUUUUUCUGUGCUCCUUCUUGGCAAUCUUAACAAAAAUACAAACAGAUGCCACCAAUUAUAUUUGCCUUUAGUAUCGCCAUUCGAUAAGUCCAGCAUUGUAUACAUAUAAAGCACUGGCGGAAGAUACGACUCAUGCAUACAUUUAGCUGUUUGCAACGAACAAUAAGGAAUGACGGCGAAGAACAGAAGCUUGAAAAAGUGUUUGAAAAAAGCUCGUAAUUAGAAGGCAAGUGAAAACUAAUAUUAGUGCUGCGCUGGUGAGUUUUGUAUUUAGGAAUGAUAAAUGUGUUUCGGCGGGUUUUUUGUAAGUUGAUAAAUGUAACUACAAACCUUUUUCUGCCGAGUGGGAAACAUUCAAUUUAUUGCCUGCUGAGUUGACGAAGAGCCGAUAGGAUUCGAGUCGUACAUGGAGUUGACUGGAUACAGUGUACGGGAGGGUGAAAGGGUAGCUGCAAGAGUGCGAACGGACAGCAAUCCAAAGUAUCCAAUGAAGGAAAGCUCAGACAAAGAGUCGCGACCCAGUAACAAACAAAGAGAAACAUGCAUGUGACUCUGCUUCGAGCUGCUUGACCGAACGGUGGCUUGGCUGCCGGCUGGAUUAGCCUGGAGAUUCCUGGAGCGGGGAGUGGACGACAUCGUCGUCCCGUGAAGGCGACGAGCGGUCCAGAGAAGAAUGAAGAUCUGUUUGGGCCGCGGCCGAAAAACUUUGGCGACCGCCUUGUCGCUUUUAGCGGCCUUGGGGUUCGCCAGUAGCGGCGGCGGCGCCGCCUCUGCUGCAAGUACGGCCGUAGCGCAACAGAGCAAUACAAAUAGUAAUAAUAACAACAACAAUGUCCACAACGAAGAAGAACCUGCAUUUCUAAUCGCGGGCGUUUCAUCGGGUCUGAUUCGUUUGUCGACUGAUGGCGAGACCGUACGAUAUCCGAUUGGCGGCGGAGGGAAACUUGGUGAUCCAGAGGUCGCGAAGAUCUUUAAUUCGACAUCGGGCUCGGUAAUUACUGUCGAUACGGUCUACAAAGACGAUGGCCUCUGGGUGUACUGGAGUACGCUGCGUAGCAUACAGAAGGGCCGGUUGGGUAUGCAUGCUAACCAACCGGUCAUCACCGAUGCGCAAGUGCUUGUAAAUAGUUACCUCGAAUCAGUUGAGGGGUUGCGGAUCGACUGGAUCAAUGACAAUCUCUAUUGGGUUGAAUCGAAAAAGCGCCACAUUGAAGUGGCCCGACUAGAUGGCUCGAUGCGAGCUUCGCUGCUUGGACCCCUUGGUAAGCCUCGUGGACUAGCUCUUGACCCGCGUUCAGACGUACUGUUCUGGUCAGAUUGGAAUGACAGACAACCGUGCAUUGAACGCAACUCGCUCGCCGGCAAAAAGCGACGCGUAAUUGUCAACGUCACAGACUACAAAGGCGGGCUCCCCAAUGGUCUUACAUUAGAUCUCGCCACUAAGCGCGUAUUCUGGAUCGACGCGCUCUCGAAAGCGAUUCAUUCGACGACCUACGAGGGAACAGAGCACAACAUGGUUUUAUCGAUCGAAGCUCUCGCUGUACGCCCAUUUUCAAUUGAUAUCCUGCAUAGACCUACGGACGAGCAGGUUAUAAUUUGGACGGAUUUCAGCACGUACAAAGCGUUUCGAGGCUCAAAAGAAAUCUUCUCAUCACGAACGGAUCGUAUAUUUCAUGCUACGGUCGUCCAUCGUAGCAAGAAGCCUAACGAUGUGGUAAAAGGUCCAUGCCGCAAGAACAAUGGCGACUGCAGUCACCUUUGUUCGACUUCGUGCCUCUGUCCGUACGGCACGAUCCACGACCCGUCGAACGCAAGGUCGUGCGUGCCACACAAGGACACCUUCCUCUAUGCGACGGACACGAAACAACCGGGAUUGCGCGUCUAUCUAUCCGAUACAAAACUGCACAAAUUUGUGUUUCCCCCGCUUCGUCUGAACAUGUCUAACACUCAAGUCGCAUUCGACGCUAGCCAUGACAGGCUGUACUGGUUCGAAAACAGCGUCGUAAUGGUGCACUACUACAAAAACGAGUCGACGGAACGUUUUCUCAAUUUUGGCGCGCGAUACCGCAUAAAGGCGCUAGCCAUUGAACGUCAUACGAUCUUCGUCGGCUUCACCGUACCUGUGAACGGCAUUCCACGCCACGAGGUGGUAGCCUGCAACAUGCUCACGAAGAACUGCGCGAAUGUCGCUGGCGACCGCGGUGGCCAGGUUGUAUCAUUAGCUGUGGACCGCGACAAGUUAUUUUGGCUUGAGCGAGACCGCUACGCGUACGAAUCUGAUCGUAUCUCUGUUAAGCAAUCGCUAAUCAAUGGCUCGAAUGAAAUGCUAUUGCAUACUAUGUACAUUGACAGGAACCAUCAGCCAAAGAGGCUGAAAAUAAUGGAAGAUCAGGUGUGCUUUACUGAGGUAGCCAACUCUACCAUAUUCUGCGUUAAACAGAAUGUUCUAUAUGUGGCCAACAGCAGUUUCCAUCUCAGCCAACGUACCACCCUGGGUGAUGACCGUGAAAGUGUGGAGAUUGCUGUAACAAAUGACCGGAAAUCACUUUCUUACGCGAAGAAAUUUUUAAUCUACCUCGCUGGGGAGACGGAACCACGAAACGUUACCGAUCAAGUUGUGGCGAUGGACUACUUUUCUAAGGAAAGUCAUGGUUCUUACCGAGGAGGUCGUUUUGAAGAUUGCGGAUGUCCCCAUGGCGUGUGUCUGGGAGGCCGCUGCGUCCCGUCGGGAGGUUCGGAUACCCUACUCUACUUUCUUCAGUCGCACAAGGUAGCCGCCUUUCCACUGACGCAGAACCUCUCACUCGCCCCCAUGGUCAUCCAUUCCGAGCUCGGAGAUCGCAAUAUUGAUGCCCUUCAUGUUGCAAACAAUGGACGUGUGUACGUGACGAUAGGGCCCGAUCUUCAUGAAUCACGUUUAGAUGGGCUUGGCCUGAAGCAGCUUCUACGAAUGCAACCUCCUGUAGUCGGGAAAGUGAGCGCAAUCGCCUCGGACCUGCUCUCGGGUCGAUUGUACUUCGCCACCUGUUGCGCUGUAUAUUCGACACGUUUAGAUGGUACUGACCUCCAGGUGGUAAUAAAUGGUACCUACCGCAUUAUGGGGCUAGCGGUGCACCCGGUUAAAAAAUUGCUCUUCUGGAGCGAGUCGGGAGGAUAUUCGCCCAAGAUCGAACGCAUCAAUCUGAAGGACCCGCGGAAUAGUCGGCGCACCAUAGUCAACGACGAUCUUAUCCGACUAAAUGGCAUUACGGUCGACGGCGACCAUGUGUAUUGGUGUGAUAGCGGGACCGGCAUGAUUGGACGCUCGGAUCUCGAGGGUCGACAUCGUGCCAUCGUCGUGCAAAGGUCGGGCAACUGGCAUCUCUCGCCUGUGGCAGUAGCUGUUUAUCACUCGGUGGUGUUUUGGAUAGACAGCACGUACUCUGGAGGAGCACUGAUGUUUCUUCAGCGGGGCAGGAGGCCAGCACCUUCGACCUGGAGUCGCUAUCUGGGCCCCAAUGUGUCGCACCUACAGCUUUACGAUAAGAGCAUUCUACAGGGUUACAACAACAGUGCGGCGCUCGAUGGUGGCAGCCGUGAACGGAUGAGCGUCUUUGAUCCGGUGAUCUCAUGUCAGGGGUUCUGUCUGAACGGGGGCUCAUGCGAACUGCCCCCGAACGACGCGCCACUGGUCAUUGGAGUCGGCCCGCAGUGUUUAUGUCAGGCUAACUACACGGGAAAUCGUUGCCAGUACCUUGCUUCGUAUCUAUUCGAUCAGCCCGUAUUGCACCGCGACGAAGGAAUGGACUUGAAGGUGAUUCUUUUACCCCUUUCGGUGGGCGUAGUGCUCAUUCCAAUUCUCUGCCUCAUUUCGUGGUGGCGUACACGACGUGUGUGGCGUGACGCAAUGCAGUCGCGGUGUUCGCUGUCUUCUAAUAGGGACAAUCACAACCUUGAGGCACUUCCCAUCGAUGCCCAGUACGAGACGUCUUUCGCCCAGGACGCGGACAAUAUCUUGUUGAUGCCGAUUAGCUGUCGAUACAAGGCAAAAUGUAUCUACCCCUACUGCCUGACACGGUGCUCAGUUCAGGGCGGCGCCCGAUGUGUGAUGGACAUUUUGCGUCGUGAUGGCGCGGAUGGUGACAUCUUCUGAGCGGUGAAAGCGUACUUUUGCAACAGCGAAGGAGGCAGCAACAGAGAUACGACAGAACGUAUCGCAGAACUAACAGCAGCAGUAGGAAAAAAAACAACGAACUCAAUGCAAAACAACAUGGAGGUGACUUGUAUAGAAUCGGAGAAACGAUCGAGUUUGUUGUAAAGCAGCUUUUGUCAGCGUCAAAGCGAGCUAACGAAGAAUGAAGGCCGACACAUUCAUACACUGAUUGACUGAUUGUACCAACGGCGGCGAUAGAGCGAAAAAGCUCAGCUGAGACAAGACAAGGUCAAGUAAAACACUAACGACGAAAAACAACCCGCUCUUUCUCUGAUCAAUCUCAUAUAUAUAUAUAUUAAUUAGUAAUGAUCCGUUGUCCAGAUGCCCAGUCUCUAUGUACAAUAUGUUCUGCGUCUGUGGUACACCUUCCCGAAGUGCAGAAGUGUUUGGCAUGGCUGAAAGCGGAGCAUUAUAUAUACUAUAUAUAUAUAUAGUAAAUAAGUAAGUAAUCAGAGAAAUGAAAGAUUUCAAGGUUAACGGAAAACAAUGAGAAAAAUAUGAUGAGAAACUGGUGAAGUAGAUAAAAAACCUUGUGAAUAAUAGUAAUAAGCUCAUUAUUAGUGGAGUUAUAUGGCUAGCUGAUAUUGACAAUUGAGUUUCUGAGACUGGAGGACAUGCGCGGCUGAGGACAAGUCAAGGAAAGGUAAGGCGCUGAGUGGACUGAUCAUGUAGCUAGCUAUGAUGAUCCUUCAUGAUAACAACGGUAUAUAUUACAGAUGAUGGUAGCUAUUGAAUGAAUGAGAACUGCGGAAGGAGAAACGAUCAAUGAAUGUAAUCAUGGUGAACGAAUGAAUAACUGAUCAUGUAGUAUCCUUGGAAAGUUGAUAGGGGCAGGCCAGGGAGUAGGGGCACAAGGCAGAGUACAGAGCUUAAUAACUGAAGUGGUGUUGUUCCGUGGCGAUGAGUGGUCGCCUGACGACCCACAUGUAAAAAGACAAAAAUAGAAUCCAGAUUCCUUAUAUCCCUUUACCAGAAUUACCUAAUUAAAGUAAAAUGAAAUCCAAUAGUUUUAUCUUUACUAUUCGCAUUCCUGUACCACUGUGUACCUGCAUCUACUCGGGUACGCGAGACGGAGCUUGUACUCACGUCUUUCGGUAUAUAUUAUUCUACUGCACGCUAAAAAGUCUGCUUAUACGACUAGUAAACUGAGCAAGAUGUGAAACGGCCAAAGCAUUUUCCAUAUUUCUUUUUUGGUGAAUUGUGCUAUCAGCUAGUGGCCGAACCGUCAACAACGUACAACCCAUAAAGGAUCUGGCUUACUGCCUACUAUUUUUACUGUUAUUGUUACUACUACUACUUUCGGUCACCUCCGACAGAAAAAUUACGGAAGACAAAAGGCCCGGUCGGCCGUUUGUUGCCCAUCCUGGGCGUCAGCAAGGAAGGAAGGAAGGAAGAAAGAUAGGGAAGGCAACCUUAAUGAUCAUACCUUAAUAUUCCCUGACGGAGUCAAUAUCACGGGCCGGAUGCUCCUCCCGUACCGUCCCCUAUCGUCACAAGCUUCCUGCCGCUGUUCGGUGGCGGCGAACAUUUGUAAUCCCCUUCCGGAUAAAGGCUUGUGCCGAGGCAUUCGAUGUCGGACGGAAACAGUUACUUGCGAAACAAAUUCAGAUGAUGAUCCUUAAAGAAUAAUUUAUAAGGCAGACACGACUCGAGUAAUUCUCGAUGUUGUGAGGGGUUCAGCUUUUAGUAAAAAGUAAUGGUAAUGUCAACGAUGUUAAGAAUAAUAGUAACACUGCUACUUGAUGUAGAUAGUUCAGAUAGAUAAGAGCUGGUCAACGGAUAUACAUAUAUAUAUACAUAUAUAAGUAUUAACGGUGAAACAAUUUUCGAAUCAUAUGUGGAGCACGCUGCCAUAAUAUUGAUUCGUGUAUUCAUUAAUCGAUACCGAUUUAAUGCUUGAAGUCGACCAUAUUUCAAACGAAGCAGUCGCCUUUAAUAUCAGACGCGUCACGCUUCCUAGAUAUUGGUGGCGGGAUUGAUUCGAACAGUGGCUGCUUUAAGCGGACAAGUGGCUGAUCAGUACUGAAACGUCACUAUAUACAAUUCAAUGACGAAAAAAGCACUGACAGAAUUAACGCGAGGUCAGAACAAAUGGCAACAUCCGCACCGACAACUCGGCUGAAGUGUAGAAGUGCAAUGAUAACCAAUACUGAUGAUCUAUUGGGUGCGUCAGUGACCAAGUCGUAUGAUGUGCUCAGCAAAGCAGAACGAUGAUGAUGAUGAUGAUGAUAUAUACAAAAAUAAAUAUUAUAUAUCUAAAUAUAAAUACAGAAUGACUGCCGCACGGGUCAAGCUGGGAAAGUGAAGACUAAGCCAAAUUUAUCAUGAUAUAGAAGACAAAUAAAAUAGCCCUAUCAAUAGUGCUAAUUAUAUGAAGAAUAGUGAUGAUACCAACAAAAAAAUACGCGCAUUAGGCGAACUGUAAAUUAGAGCGAGAGUAAGGAGGUCGAAUUGGGCACGCGCCAAAGAAACAGAAAGAAAGAAAAACGAAGUUCUUACGACACGAUGAUUAUGAUAAUGAUGGUGAUGACUAUGAUGAUAAAUUUUGAAAUAAUGACAACCCUAAUAUUAAUUAUAAUAAAGCCAUACCAAAAGGCCUGAUCGAGGCCAGUGGAUAUGGCAUGUAAAUGUGAAAGAGGAAGUAAAAACAAUAAUGAGUCAAAUAGCACGAUUUUAGAGGAACAGAUCGUUCUGCUAACGUGAAUUACUUUUAUUAGGUUCUAUUUUAAUUAUAGUUUUAAUUGAGAAAGUUAUGGCGGUGUAUAAUCGAGGUUACGGUGGAGCUUCGUUUUGUGAACUAUAUCUCUUUUUUUAGAUUUGUUUUCGUUACAGCUUCUAUCGUUGCUAGGGAGUUGAAUACCGAAUUUUAAUGAAUAGAGAUAAUUAAGCUUAUCCAAAACAAUAAACAAUAUUUAGAUACGCAUAUUUGCGUACAUUCGCUCUUCCGAAUUUGAGAUUGCAGUCGAAGGGACUGUUAUCGAUAAUUAUAAUAACAGUAAUUAUAACGUAACCGAUAAUCAAACGACGACUAGAAACAAAAACAACUUUUUCUGUUAUAAAUAUAUCAUGCACGAGCGAUGCGAUGCGAAGCUGUACUUCUAUUCCAAAUGUAUUUAUAGUGUACGAAUUUUACCCUUGUUUCCAAAGAGAAUCCUUUCUGCGUCCCCUUCGGUUCAUCGAUGAACACUGUUUAGAAGGCGAGCUUGAUGCGAGACAAAAUUAAAAAGCUUAUUAUUAUAGAUAUAUCGAGCAAAAAGUGAUACACGCUAUUGUCGACGGAGAGUUACCCCAAUCAUUUGUCGGUACACAGCACAAAGAAAGAACAUGAUUUGCCAUUACUUCCAUUAUGACGACAACAACAAAAACAGCUAUUAUUACUGUAAUCAGAAAUGGCAAAACAAGUUAUGGAGAAAAACUUCCAAUAAUUAUACAAACCAGUCAAGCAUUAUAUAAAAGUUCUCCGCACGGUCACAAGCGGCAUUAAGGCAGGUAGAGAUAAAUAAAAAGCAACUUGCUGACUGUGUACUUAUUACAGACGGAGCGGCCUAUGCGCGAUGAGAUGUGACCUAAUCUAGCGUGGUGACUAUGAUAUCCUACCUAUGUAUGUAUAAUAUAUGAUUGUUGGCAGGUGUUUCAUCUCACCGACACUCAUUCUGAGAAGGAAUAGUGGCUUUAAGGAAAGAUGAAACGUCUACCCCCAAACCAAACACCCCUCCCCUCUUUAUAAAUAAUCCGCCAACUGGAUAUGCAGCGGAUACGUAUAUUUAUAAAGAGACCACAACAGUGCCUGAAAUUAAGCGGCCCGUGAUUUGCUUCCCGUUAAAUCGGUCAACGAAAAGAAAGACGACGAAACAAGCAGCGAAAAGAAAUCACCGCCCGCUCAAUUUCGCCUGUGAACAGACUUUUUCAACGGCAAAAAAACCAUUAACAACAACAACAACAACAACAACAACAACGACAACAACAACAACAACAACAACAACAACAACAACAACAACAACAACAACUACAACAACAACAACAACAACAAGUUGCUUGACCAACUAGAAGGAUGCUUGAUAAGGACAGUUGGAACACAAGCUAAUAUGGGAAUCUGUACGGUACGGCCAUUUAGGCCAUGGUAUCAGUCAAAAUAACUUUUCCAUCAAAGGCCACUCGACAACUAUAAUUAUUGUUGUCAUUGGAUGAGUUAAUUCAGGCUAAAUUUGCGAGAUAGACAAAUAAAAAAACAAUCCGUAUCGAACGAGCAAGACUUCAUAACGAUAAGUUGCCCAAAAGAAGCAGCCACCAUUCAGGCCGAAGGAAUACCACCGAUUUUGUUCCUCGAAGUGUCUUACGCUAUUUUUCAAAUUUAGCUCUGAGUCUGAAUAUAUUGAUGACGUCAGCUGCGAUAAACAUGAUGACAAUGCUCUGGUACGCUGCGCGAUACGCGGAAAAAAUGUUGAUUUAGCACUUCAUAGGCUAUUAACGAUCGCCUCUAAGUGCGGGAAAUGGUACAGAAGAGCAUAGGGACCCAUAAAGAUCGCAGAAUGGGUUAUAGUACGAUAGGUAAAAAUUUUAAAUGCCGGAAGGUAAAUAAGAUGCGAUCGUAGAUAAAGUGAAUGUGGCUAUAAGUUGGAUUAAAAUAGGACGACAAACAACGAGUAGUGGGGUAGGAAAAGGUUAGGUAAAACGAAACUGAAGGACGACAAUUCGAAAUUGGUGGUAAUAAAAUUGACGUGGAGAUGCAUGGAAGCAAAAGGAGCUUGUAAUGUAAUUAGGUGGUAACGACUAAGCAUAUGUCAAAAGUGCGAGAGGAACGAAACAGAUGGACGAUUGAGGCAAAGGACGCUGGCUUAAUUAAACUGAUAUAGUUGCCUGUACAGCGCAGUAAAGUGGAUAGAUUUCUUAUCAAGAAGAUGAAUCAAAUAAACGUACUAGAUCAGAUAUUGACCGCGAGAAGGAAAGAAGAGAAUAUUAAAAAAAAAAAAGAAAAAAAAAACAAAUAAUAAAAC